CAUUAGUGAACAAACAGCUUCAUAACUCAUAGAAGGUCCAGCAAAAACUGAAAAUGCUUCCCUAAAUGUAAAACUCACACAUACAUGACACUGAACACUCACAACCAACCCUUUGCAGAGGUAAAAAGGGUAAGGAUAAUAAAAUGUUGGUCAUUUUAACUCAAGGCAAGAAUAACUACAACAAACAGGCAACAUGUUGUAAUAUGAAGACAUGAACAUCAAGUGGGUGGACAUGAAAAAAACACACUCAGAAACUGCAGCUUUGGAUGUGUAAAAAAUGUUGAUGGUUUCAGCCAAAAAUCUCACUUAUAUUCCAAAAUGUUAGAGUUUAGAGAAGAAAAUCACAGGGAGUUAGCUUUUUUAAAUCUCUAUUCAAUUGAGUAACCAGUGUCAAAUUAAAUGACAUCGUUCAUUAUUAAAAGACUUCUGUUUCAUCUUAAACAUAAAGACAGUCAGAAGACAGUUAAAGUGAUUAAUAAUAGGUGAAUUAAUAAUUGCGUUUCCUUUAACCGCAAUGACUGAUGUGACUGCAAAUGAUAGGGGGAGGAGGUGUUAGGGGGUGGGCUAAUCUGUGACCACUGCCUGUGGCAAGCUGCUUGCAUGUCCUGCCCCAUCCACCCCCCUUACCUUGGUCAGGUAUAAAUGUGUCAUUUCCACUAACUUUGCUCCAUGCAUGCAGAGGACACAGCUUGUAGUCAGCAAUGAAGAGCUGCUCAUUCCUCCUCCUGUGCAUCUUGCUGGCAUGUUCUGUCUGGACGCUGUCUGGAAGAAGUCUACGGGUCACAAUCGAUGAUGACAAGCUGGGAGAACCCUUUGUAGAGGCACAAGGGCUCCCAGGGAUUUGCUGGGGAUGCAAGUGGGCUUUGAACAAGGUGAAAAAAAUUAUUGGACCAAACGCCACUGCAGAGGCCAUUCAGUCAAAGCUGAAAGUUGUCUGCAAUGAGCUCGGACUCCUAAAAUCAAAGUGCCACAAUUUUGUGAAAAAGUCCCUUGGACUCCUGAUUGAGGAGCUGACGACCACCGACGAUGUGAAAACGAUCUGUGUCAACACAGGAGCGUGCAAGGCAAAGGAGCAGUUGGACCUGAUCUUCUAUCCAAACGAAGAAGAAUCCCAACGCAUCGUGAUCAGUGAAGACCCUUGACAUCCUGUGCUGAGAUGAAGACCAGAAACUUAAAUGUUGCUUUUAUUUGCAGGACUAAGACCCUCAGCAGCUGCACAAAUGUAAACAACAAAUAAUCAAACAUGUUUAGCUUCAUUUUACUCAUGGGUGUCAUGUUUUAUUUUCAUGUCCAUUUUGUGGACUGCUAAAAAAUAUUUUUCUGAAAUAAACCUGACAGAGCAGUCGCUUUAGUUUGA